UGCGGUUGUUGCAAUACCGCAGUUGCGGCUUGAAAUAAUUUUGAAAUUUCACAAACUAUAUAAAAUAAAAUCACCAUGCCACUAUAUAACUUGUACAAGGAAACUUGUGAAGACUAUAUCAAAUCAAAAGUUCUGCCAUCUCUACAAGAAAAGCAAGAUGAAACUUUGUUGAGAGUACUGCUCGAAAGAUGGUCAACUUACAAAAUUAUUACCAAGCGCCUAACUAGUUUUUUUAGUCCUCUGGACAGAUACUUGCACCUAAAAUAUGGACUUCCUAAUCUUGAAGAAACCAGCUUCUUAUCCUUUUACAACCUGGUAUAUGAAGAGAUGAAUCAAGAAAUAAUUCAUGCUAUAGUUACUAUGAUUGAUCGGAAACUUGCUGGAGAGAAGGUUGAACAUACAUUUGUUAUCAACACCUUGGAUUUCUACUUAAAGUUUGUCAGAAAGAUUGUGCUUGAAAGUGACUAUGCCGCGACACUUAUGUCAGAAACAUUGGCUGAGACCAUUUCUGUUGAUGAUGAUGUUGAUAUCAUUGCUGUUGAUAAAAUGAAUAGCCAAAUGUUGGAAAUGGUCUUUGAAUACUGCAAGAUUGUUAUGCAUAAUAACAAUGGACUGAUGACGGAUUUUGAACUCAAGGACUGGAUUGCUCAAUUUCUCGAUGUCGACCCUAAAACUCUGCUUGAUCUUUUAACAUCUGCAUGCUACAUGAAAGUUGAUAGUCUGAUGAAGCUGACUUGGAGUAAAAUAGAUGGCAUUAUAAAAGGCAAGACACCAGAGGAAAUUUCCGAGAUCUUUGGAGCUGCAGAUAUAUAACUAAAUUACUCAAAAGUUAUUGGAAGGGAACAUUAGUAGUCUUGUUUCGUAGAUAUAUAACUAAAUUAUCUUUGUCCACCUUAGCAUCAUAAUUAUCUUCUCUAAAUCUACUAUCUCUGUCUAGUCUACUGCUAAAUAUUGAAUUCGCUAAAAUUAUAACUUGAUUUUAUUCAUAAUUAAAUGGGCGGAAUGGACGGUAGGAUUGGUCUCAUUGUAUUAAUCGGUCCUAGGACCGAGAAAAAGGAAAAAAAAACUUUAAUGACUCUUUGGUGACAUUGACAAUAGAAGCACAAAAAUAUCCUACA